CAGAGACCCAAAGGGCUAUGGCUGCCGUGGGGUGUUUGAAGGCUGCGUUGCAGGUUGCAGAGGUGCUGGAAACCAUCGUAAGCAACUGCGUGGGGCCCGAAGGGCGGCAAGUUCUGUGUACGAAGCCCACCGGCGAGGUGCUGCUCAGCAGGGACGGAGGCCGCCUUUUGGAGGCGCUACACUUAGAGCAUCCCAUAGCCAGGAUGGUGGUGGCAUGUGUUUCCAGUCAUCUCAAAAAUUCAGGAGAUGGUGCUAAAACAUUUAUUAUCCUUCUUUCCCAUUUGCUCAGAGGACUUGACGCAGCCACAGACAAAGAAAAGGAUUCUUUGGUUUCUGAAAAUAUUCAAACCCAUGGAAGGCAUUGGAAAAAUUGUUGUCAGUGGAAAUUUAUUUCUCAAGCUCUUCUAACGUUUCAGGAACAAGUAUUAGACUACUUUAUGGACCAGUGCUUGAGUAGACACUUUUUGUCCGUCUUUUCUUCAUCCACUCAAGAGAAAACAUUGUGUAGGAGCUCUACAGAGUUGCUCUUAGAAGCAUACUUUUGUGGAAGAGUGGGAAGAAAUAAUCACAAAUUUAUUUCACUGUUGAUGUGUGACUACCUUUUCAAGUGUGUGGCUUAUAACAGUAGGAUUGAAGAAGUAUUUGAAUUAGUGGAUGACUAUUUUGCAGAGUUGAAUGUUGGUGUCAUUGGCCUUCCUGUUUCAGAUUCCAGGAUUGUAGCCGGACUUGUGCUUCACAGAGAUUUUUCUGUGUACUGCCCAGCAGAUGGUGACAUAAGAGUAGUGAUAGUAACAGAAACCAUUCAGCCUCUUUUUUCGUCUUCUGGAACAGAGUUUGUUCUAAAUUCAGAAGCACAGUUUCAGGCAUCUCAAUUUUGGAUUAUGGAAAGGACAAAAACCAUAAUGAAAUAUUUACAAGGUCAGAAUGUAAAGUUGCUCCUGUCUCGUGUGAAGCAACCAGAUUUAGUUAUUUACUAUGCAGAACUGAAUGGCAUAUCAGUGGUGGAGUGUUUGUCAUCAGCAGAAGUGUCUCUCAUUCAGAGAAUCACUGGUCUUUCUCCUUUUGUACUACCACAGACCUGUUCACAGCAUGAAGUCUCUAACACUGCCUUGUUGAAAUUUUGUAAGCCCCUUAUCCUUAAAUCCAAAAGGUAUGUUCAUCUUGGCUUGAUUAGCACAUGUUUGUUUAUACCACACUGUAUAGUUCUUUGUGGACCCGUGCAGGGUCUUGUUGAACAACAUGAGGAUGCUUUACAUGGAGCUUUUAAAAUGCUCUGGCAGUUACUUAAAGACCUUGAUCUAAGUUACAUGACAGGAGCCGAUGACCAAAGUUAUACAUCAAGUCCUCUUAUUUACAAGAAUAGUAGAGAAAGUGAGCUGUUACAAGAAAUUGGUAAUGACUCAAUACAAAGGUCAUAUCAGGGCACAGUUGUAAAGAACAAAGACAAACUGGUAACUGUUCGAACACAUUUAAUAGUAUAUUCAAAUUUGGAGAUUCCAGGUGUAGAAUUAGAAACAUAUGUUCCAUGUUCAGCAUCAAAACUGACACCAGCAGAUACACACCAAACAGAUGACACACUGAAAUGUUUAUCUCAGAACAAAACCAGCAUAAUUGAUGACCAUGAACCAUUAAUUGAGAGUAAGUUCACUGCUAAUUCAACAACAGAAAACACUAAAAUAGAAAUGUCUUACGAAAAUGUACAGGUCACAAAAAGUGUUGGCAAAGGGAACACAUUACCAGUAAGCUGUAAGUCACUGGAGAGUUACUGUUCUUCAUCUAUACCAGCAGGUUGUGUUUUGCCAGUGGGUGGUAAUUUUGAGAUUUUGUUACAUUACUAUCUUCUCAAGUAUGCCAAAAAAUGCCAACAAUCAGAGGAAACCAUAGUUAGUAUGGUAAUAGCUAAUGCACUUUUAGGGAUUCCUAAAAUUCUUUAUAAGUCUAAGAAAGGAAAUUAUAGCUUUCCACAGAUAUACAUAAGAACUCUCCAUGCACUGCAAACCAAUCAACCCGUGUUAAGCACUCAAACAGGCUUGGAAUCAGUAGCUGGUAAAUACCAGUUACUGAAUUCAGUUCUUCAGUGUUUGGCAAAAAUUUUAACCAUUGAUUUAGUAAUCAAUAUCAAGAGACAGCCUCGGAAAGUUUAUGAUCAAGAUUCAGAAGAUGAACUAUAAAAUUGAAAUUUUUUUUUUUUUUUUAAAACCAAGUUUUCAAGUCAAUUCAGCCUGCUUAGAAAACACCGUGACUUAAAACUUAAGUCUUUAGAGGUAUACUAAGGCCACUGAAUAGAGGAAGCCAAUUCUGGCUAAGCACAUCUUUUUCUUCCCUCUUAUAUGUCUCUGUGUUUCGGAGAGUGUUUCUUUAUAGCUCUUCCUUUCUACUUACCUGUUUCUUUUUUCACUCUUCAUCUCUCCACCUUUCUGUAUUUAACUCAGAAUCUUUUCUCUCAAAUGUGGGUGAGGUCUUAAAAUGCCCUCCUAUUUUAAUUGUUUAUAAUAUAAAACAUAUUAUCUGCUUCAUUUAAAAUAAUUUUUUUCCCUAUUAGUAAUUUCUAAAGCAGAGAGUAAAAAGUCUCAAUUUUUCUCAAGAAGCAUAUUAGUUAAAUUAGUUUUUACUUUUAUGUGGCCCCAGGUUUAUUUAUAUUUCAUGUGGAAACACCUGAAUAGAUUUUCCCUAUACUUAAACCAUUGAAUAUAUGUUAUCAGAAAUAUGAUUUUAUGCUUUGUGAACUUAGUUCUAUAGGUAAAAUUUAAUACCAGAAAGGAUAUGAAAUCCAUGCUUUCAUCUUCUGGCUGCUAAAAGUUUUUAAAGAUAAUUGAAGUACUUGUUUUUGGUACACAGCUAAGACUUUAGUAGUAACAGAUAAUUUGAGAACUAUUUAUUAUUUCUAACAUGAACUUACAAAUGUAUGUAUUUUAUUUUACAAGUUUAUAAAUGCAGAUAAUACCGUGCAUGUAGCUAUGGGUAAGGACAGUGUCUCCUACUUUUACGUUCUCUGGUAACACCUGAAACAGUGCUAUAUUUAUACCAAAUAUUCAAAAGUGCUUGUUGAAUAAAACAGCGUUAUCUUUAAUCCAUUUCUCUAAAGACAUAUUUCCAAUUUACUAAUUGAACUAAUUCUUAUUGAGUGCUUACUGUGUGCCAGAUACUAUGCCAGAUGCUGAAUAUAGAGUGCUGAACAAAACAGACAUGGUUCUUGUCCUUAUACACCUUUCUCAAAGGUUAAUAGAUACGUGAUAGUUACUUGAGUUGGGAGGAUUGAAUUUUGGAAAAUUGAUGACAAAAUUUUAAUUACAGUUAAAAUUGAGUAAGUGGUGACUAAUAAUGUAUUUACCACACACAGUUUGCACUGGACUACUAACCUAAAGGUUGGCAAUUUGAACCCACCUGGCAGCGCUACGGAAGAAAGGCCUGGCUAUCUGCUUCCGUAAAGAUUAUAGCCAAGAAAACCCUAUGG